GGAACUUCCCAUCUUCACUUUUACAACAACAUUAAACAUUUUAAAUUCAAAUUGGAAUACUCGGGGCUACUAACCAUUCAUCCAUAUCCUCUACGCUUCUGUUUUCGAUAGAAUCAGAUAGAUCCUCGUAGCAAUCAAAAUGCCUCCGAGACACCAAACCCUUCCGCCGGCCCAGACCUCCUCCGCGCGCGCCGCCCUCCAAUCCUUUUACUGCGAGCUCUGUUCGAAAGGCUAUUCGCGCAUGAACGACUACGAGGCCCACUUAGGUAGCUAUGAUCAUAGCCAUCGCCAGCGCAUGAAGGACAUGAAGCAGAUGGUCAAGGAUCCCACUGCAGGUGCACGCGCUAGGAAGGCCGAGGCAAAAGCAGACGGCCUCAUAAGUAUUAAACUAGGCGAUUCCAAUGCAGGUAGCACUGGAGGUGGUGGAUUUAAAAAGGGAGGAUUCAAGAAAUCCGGUUUCAAGAGCGCAUUCACACCGAUAGGCGGAUCGGUCGACGACGAAGAGAAUAACAAGCCAAAGGAAGCGGAUACGAGUAACAGCAAAGAAGAGAAGAUCAUACCGAGGGAUCUAAAUGUUGAAAGCGACACCGAUGAUGAGGGGUAUGAAGUCUAUAAUCCUCGCUUUCCAACAGAUUGAAGUAUUCGUAGCCUGUAGUAUUUACCUAAGUACCUACAUAGUAUGUACAGCGUACAUCGACAACGCAUAGGGCGUUCCAAGACUACAGCGGAUAGGGCUGUCAGGAUCCAUGCAUGCUCAGCUCUCGAAUUGACUUAGGGCCAUCAGAAUCUAGAGUCCCGCGUCGCGUUGAAGAACUGGAUUUAGGGUACAGCUUGACGACCAGAACGCGUCGCAUCGUCUACCUAGUAUGUACGAGUUUCUAUCGAGUUCCGUAGGCAUUGAUGACCCAUGCUAUCCAAGUCUUAGAU